GUGCGUGCAAUGCACUGCACCGUGCGGUGCAUCGCGUGCACAACAGAGGAUCCGCGCCCGCCUUCCCCGACGGCAUCGGUGUCGGAAUCCAACGCGGGUGCCUCCCCCGAGCCGGAGCCCAACAAUCCGACCAUCGUCGUCCGAGGGUUGCUGCUGGUGCACCUCCUCAUGGAGUGUGCCAUGGCGGUGGCCAAGGACGACUAUUUCACCGCCCGGGGCUACCUCCACCACCUCAACCACCUCGUCUCGCCCAUCGGCGACUCCAUGCAGCGCGUCGCCUCCUGCUUUGCGGACGCCCUCGCCGCCCGUCUCUCUCCGCCCCCCGCCCCCAAGCCCUACCCUGCCCCCUCCCUCCACACCUUCAAGUUCUAUCAUAUCCUCUACCAGGCCUGCCCCUACUUCAAAUUCGCGCACUUCACCGCCAACCAGGCCAUCCUCGAGGCCUUCGAGUCCGAGGACCGCGUCCACGUCGUCGACCUCAACAUCCUCCAAGGCCACCAGUGGCCUGCCUUCCUCCAAGCCCUCGCCACCCGCCCGGGGGGCCCUCCGGCCCUCCGCAUCACCGGCGUCGGUCACCCGGCCGAGUCGGUCCACCAGACGGGACGCCACCUCGCCGAGCUCGCACACUCCCUACACGUGCCCUUCGAGUUCCACCCCGCCAUCGCCGACCGCCUCGAGGACCUCCGCCCGAGCAUGCUCCACCGCCGCGUUGGCGAGGCCCUCGCCGUCAACGCCGUCUGCCGCCUCCACCGCGUCCCUGACAUCCACCUCGACUGGCUCCUCUCCACGAUUCGCGACCAGGCUCCCAAAAUCGUCACUCUAGUGGAGAUAGAAGCCAGCCACAAUGAUCCUCACUUCUUGGGGAGGUUCUUAGAGGCACUGCCCUACUUCGCGGCGCUAUUCGACUCGUUGGACGCCACUUUUCCGGCGGAUUCGGCGGCGAGGGCGAAGGUGGAGCAGUAUAUCUUCGCGCCGGAGAUCAAGAACAUCGUGGCGAGAGAGGGAGCAGAGAGGGUGGCGAGGCAUGAGAAGCUGGACAGGUGGAGGAAGGUGAUGGAGGGGAGAGGAUUCAAGGGGGUGGCGUUGAGUGCCAACUCCGUUGACCAGAGCCGGAUACUGUUGGGACUGUAUGCCUGCGAUGGGUAUAGGUUGACGGAGGAAAAUGGGUGCAUGUUUCUGGGGUGGCGGGACCAGCGGAUGAUUGCGGCAUCGGCGUGGAGGUGUUGAUGCGGAUCGAUGGGGUUGGAUUUGGUGGUCGUGGUCUUCUUAUUUUACGCGUGUGCUAGCUUGGAUGUGGGUUAUCGUAGUAUGGCCAUGAAUAAGAGGUCGGACGAGGGAUCACGUAGGAAGAUGAAAUAAGGAGGUACAUAUAGCUGCUUUUUCCACUUGUGGCAUAUAUCGGAUGUACAAAAGUUUAAUUAGCAGGAAGAAGCUAGAUGUAAUGUACGUGGGGAGAAGUAGGAUGAUCUGCUAUGACCUCUAUUUAAACAAUAACUCUAUUUUUAAUGCAGU